AUGAAGCCACUGGAAAGACAAAGAAGGAUGGGAGCGGUGGUCCGAUGUAUAUUGGUGAUGCUGACGUUACUUGCCAUGUUUCCGAAUGUUGCCAUGUCCUGCCCUCGUCCUUGUGCCUGUUACGUCCCCUCUGAAGUGCACUGCACUUUCCGCUCGCUCACCCUCAUCCCCUCCAAAGUGCCAAGAUUAGUUCGGCGCAUGAACCUUGGGUUUAACAGCAUUUCCCGACUUGACAAGGACUCUUUAGCUGAACUGAGGAACCUGGAGCUUCUGAUGAUGCACGGAAACAACAUCCAUCAGAUCCCUGAUGGUGUUUUUCGAGACUUGAUAUCUUUGCAGGUCCUGAAAAUAAGCUACAAUAAAGUCAAAAUGAUCACAGGUAACACUUUGUCUGGUCUGACACGGCUUGUAAGGCUGUACCUGGACAACAACCACAUCGAACUCAUCCAUCCGGAUGCCUUCAGAGGGAUGAUAUCACUUAGUCUGCUCCAUCUUGAAGGGAACCAUCUGCAGAAACUACAUCCUUCUACGUUCAGCACAUUUUCUUUGUUAAAUCACUUCCUGGUCUCCACAAUCAAACAUCUCUAUCUAGCAGACAAUUAUCUGAUGUCCUUGCCAAAAGAAAUACUAAGAAAUAUGCCGCAUUUACAGAACCUUUUCUUGUACGGAAACCCCUGGACCUGUGACUGUAGGCUGGACUGGCUCCAAGAUUGGAUGGCACUCCAUUCAGGUGUGAUGAAAUGCAAGAAGGACAAAGUGCAUGCCAAGAAUCAUCUAUGUCCAGUGUGUGUCUCACCACAGCAUCUGAGCGGAAAACAUAUCUCUGAACCCAAGGAUCUCCAAUGCACAGGACCAGUCAUUGGCAAUUCUCCAGGAAAGGAUGUUUUACAUGAGGAAUACGUCAGUGAGCUUCUUUCUCUCGAGGAUUUCAAGCCACCUUUUGGAAACAUCACACUGAACCUGUCAGAUCAACAUGGAAACACAGUGAACUUAACCUGCCAAGUUGUAAAGCCAAGGGAGUCCUCAGAAAUCACAUGGAACUACACUGAGUCUUUGAAGAUCUUUGCCAACAUGAAUCUCUCUUUUGACCUUGAAUGCCCAAUGGACAGGGAUAAGUAUGCAAGCUUAUGGCGACUGCUUGCAUACUACAUCGAGGUUGCUCUGCACCUGCGCAGGGAGAUUAUGUUAAGUAAAGGGCCUGAACUGAGCUACAGAUACAGACAGGAUAUUGAGAGAGACGUAUAUUAUUACACCGGAGUCCAAGCUAAUAUUCUGUCCCAUCCGUCUUGGCUCAUGCAAUUGUAUGUGAAUAUACAGCUGAACAGGCUCUAUUCCACAUCCAAGACUGUAAAGCUCAUUUUUACUACUCAGAUGUCUUCCACCACAGAUAGUGAGCAGGCAAGAUGGCAGAAGAGAUCCUGGGUUAUGAUCAAACACAACAAUUUAACCCAGAUGACAUUUAGUUCAGUCGUGGGCAGUAUGAUUGAGAUGGACUGCAGUGUGAUGAGUUCUGGAGGUCUGAGCAUUAAGUGGAUGUUACCUGAUGGCUCUAAGGUUCAGGCAUCAUUCAGUAGUGCAAACAACCGGCUAUCUGUGUCUAGUACGGGCAAACUUCUUAUCAAAGCAGUGGAUCAUUCAGACUCUGGUGUAUAUUACUGUAUUGCUGAAGUGCUAGGAGAUGUAGAUCUUCUUCCUUUUCGUUUAUCAGUUGUUGAAUCCUCCAGACUCAUUGUAGGUGAUGAGGUCAAGGUUGCUUUCAAGAAAUUCAUUGGGGAAUCUGCUUAUUUACCUUGCAAUACCAUAGCAUCACCAGAUGCCGAUGUGAACUGGAUCUUUCCAGAUGGCAGUAUGAUGAAUGCCAAAGCAAACUCAUCGAGAGUUUUUAUCUUCUCCAAUGGAACACUCUUUAUUCCUCACUGCAGACCUGAUGACAAUGGAUAUUACAAAUGCGUGGCUCUGAAUCAACAUGGUGAAGAUACUCUUUCUGCUAAGCUCACUGUUAUGAGACGGGGAAGAACACAGCCUCUCAGACGGUAUCCCCCGUCUGCAGCAGGUGUGUCUACAAAGGUCAGAGCAAUUUUAGAGGAUAUGGAAGAGUCAUCUGGUGAUGAUACAGGUCAAAAAAGAAUGCCAUCAAAUAGAGGUUUUAUGAACCAAAGGAGGGAACCACAGUCAAGGUCACAUGCCUAUUCAGUCAGGAAUUUGCAGGGAAACUUUCCGGGACACAGGAAUCCAAUUAAGAAAGGUUUGAAUGGACAACAAAGAAAAGAUGCUCUUUGGAACAGGAGAAAAAUGAAUAAAUCCAACAACAAAAUAGAACCACAGAGAUGGGCUGACCUUUGGGCCAAAAUUCGCCAGAAAACAGUUCCAAAUACCACAACACCUAGCCCUUACUCAGGCAUUCCACUAGAAAGGGUUCAGACUGUAGAUCCAAAAUUUCACACCAACAUAGAGGGAUCUUCUCUGGAUGAUGCAAGCCCACUGAAGAAAGAACCAUACACCAUUAUCAUGUUUCAAACUCACAAUGGACAACCAGUCACAGCUCCUUUAUAUAUUCAAUACCAGUUGCACCAAAUAAUGCCUCCUGAAUCAAGCAUUAAGUCAGAUGAAGUGACACUGAAACCUGUGAAAACCACAGCUGCACCUAAUUAUGUUACCACCAAGAUAAAUAUCCUGGACCGGAACUAUGUAAAUCCCUUAACUACCAGCACUUCACACAGAGAAGAAAGACAACGAAGCCAAUGGGAAAAUAACCCAGCUGUUCCCAAUUCAGAGUUAAAGAAUGUGCUUGGCAUCUCUGUGAAGUCUGCAGAUGUUAAAGAAUCCUACAAAAAGCAUGAAAAAGACAGUGCACAAUGGAUGAGUAACACUUCAACACAGACAACCAAAGUCAUUUCAGCUAAUGUUAUAAAGCAAAGAGCUCCAUCUAGUUCAUAUUCCAGGACCCCUUGGAACUCGAGGAAGCAUUUUGGAAGCAGGGGUCGAAUAAACCGAUUAAGAAUAAGACCAUCCUUGUCCCUAAUUACUAGCAAACCUCAGUUAACAGCACCCACAGCCACUAGAAAACAAAACCCAUCAAUCAUUAUAACCACAUCUGCUACACUAACAGCAGGCACAUCAGCCGAUUCCACUGCUACAGCUAUUACUUUUUUCCAAAACCUGAAAUCCUUAACCAACAAUGAUCGUAAUGGUAAUGAUCAAACAAAUGUCUCGUUGUUAGCUGACAAAAUCAAUUUACUUGAUUUUGAAUUUUCGACAACCCAGAGGACUAAACCAAUUCUAAAUGUCCUACAAUAUGGUUUACACCCUUCAAUGCACAUUACACCACUAGCAGUGACUGGGACCACAUCUCAGAGGAGAGCAAAUAAAGAUACAUCUGAGGAGAGUUGGAAAGAUGUGCAGACAUUCACUACAGAGGUCAAGAUGACUUACCACGUUGCUUCUACAACUCAGCCAGAGGCAGAUUAUAAAACUAUUGCAGCCUCUCAAGGGGGUUUUACAACCCAAUUUUCAGCACUAAAACCAUCUAAAACAAAGUCUGUCCCUGAGGAUGAAACAACAGACACCAGUCCUCACAUAUCUGAAUCACACACAAUGGAAAGUUUUAGCAGCUUACAAAUACUCAACUCUACACAUAAAUCUGUCAAAUAUGCAACUGAUCCAGUCAAACUGCUUCAAUCCCCAGCUAUAUUUCCAUAUGAAGAAACUAAGGCAGAAGAUUUACUAAAGAAACCAUUUUCUGAUUCUUCAGUGAAACAAAGUCAAACUGGGUUUCUCACCACAGUGCUUCAUACUGUUCCAGAUGAAUACAAUUCUGUUUUUCCCAUUACAACUCCAGGCCCAGAGGUGGGAGAUAGAGAGUUGCUGUUGACUAACAUAAGCAAACCCUCAGGUAUCAUUUCAACAACAAUAUCUACAAUGCCACCGCCAACCACUAAAGCCAAGAUUCAAUUAUCAGCAAAGCCUCACAUCACAACAACGUCAACAACCAUGACACCCUCAAUAAAAAGCACAGAGUUUGGCUUUAAUACUCCAAUUAUAACCAGUAACUUUGCAGAAACAACCCCUUUAAAACCCAGCAUCCCGAAAGCAGAUAACAGAAUUCCAUUUUACUCAAGAAACCCUCCAACUAACCACACUCCUGAUCAGAAUCCUGGAAGAGCCCUUAAUUAUAAGUACCCCAACCACAGAAACUCAUUUAUCAUUCAUCAAACACCAUCAUAUAUCGAUUCAUCUGUGGAUGUCCGAGGAGGCUCAGUUGGUACAAUCAGAUCAAGCAUGUCACCCAAAGCUUUUAUAACCACGACUCAGACAACACCUACAAGCCCAACACCAACUGCAAAGCUUCUAAGCAGAAUUCAAACCAGUGUAGUCUCUACAGACCAGCACCUUGGCAAGAAUGUCCCUCUUCUUGAGCCACCAUAUGUUCCUGUACUGAGCACAAGGUCCAGAAUCACCACUGCUAAUCUUACCACCAUUGCUGUGAAUGCUGAAACAGAUGUGCAGUUUCCAUGCAAUUCUGUGGGGGAACCGAAACCUUUUCUUACCUGGACCAAAAUCUCUACAGGAGCUAUUCUAUCAGCAAACACCAAAAUCCUGAGAUUUGAGGUCCAGCCCAGUGGAACCUUGGUAAUUCGUAAUGUUCAGCUCCAGGAUCAUGGCCAGUAUGUCUGCACUGCUCAGAAUCAAUAUGGUAUUGAUAGGAUCAUGGCUACCUUGAUGGUUCUGGCCCAAAAGCCAAAAAUCCUGCUUCCAUGGCAGCAUGACAUGACUGUGUACUUGGGAGACCACGCCAACCUUGAAUGUCAAGCACAAGGUCUUCCCCAUCCUCAGGUAAGCUGGGUGCUUCCAAACCAUACAGUGGUACAAACAGUCAGCACUAGGAAGCAGAGACUAAUGCUUUUUAGCAAUGGGACACUUCACAUGAAGCAGACUACCCUUCCAGAUAGUGGAGUCUAUAAGUGCAUUGCCAAUAAUGUAGCUGGAACUGCAACAAUAAAAAUUCGGCUCCACAUUACUCCACUUCCACCCAUAAUCCAGCAACAGCGACAGGAAAACUGCACCAUUUCUGAGGGUCAGACCAUGUACAUCCACUGCAGCACUAAAGGAGCCCCAUAUCCACUGAUUCGGUGGAUCAUCUUUAGUGGAAUGCAAAUCCGCCCUUCACAGUUCAUUAAUGGAAAUCUGUUCGUCUUUCCCAAUGGGACGCUAUAUAUACGCAACCCAACAGAAAAAGACUCCGGUACCUAUGAGUGUGUUGCUGUGAAUGUUAUGGGUGUCGCCAAGAGACGCGUGAGUGUGUUGGUGAAGAGGAUUUCCUCUACAGCCAAAAUUACCUUUACAUCGCCACUAAGAACUGAAGUCAUUUAUGGUGGAUAUCUACAUUUAGACUGCAGUGCUUCAGGAAGCCCUGAACCAAAAAUCAUCUGGAAAACGCCAGCAAAAAAACUCAUUGAUGCACAUUUCAGCUUCGAUCAUAGAAUGAAAGUCUUCAGCAAUGGAACUCUCACCAUUAAAUCAGUUACAGACAAGGACCAUGGAGAUUACCUCUGUUUGGCCAGAAAUAAAAUCGGGGAAGAUUUUGUUCUCCUGCAAGUGACCAUCAUGAUGAAAGCAGCCAAAAUUGAGCAGAAACAGUUAAAUAACCAAAAGGUUCUUUAUGGAGAAGAUUUGAAGGUGGACUGUAUUGCAUCCGGUCUCCCGAACCCUGAGAUCAAAUGGAGUCUUCCAGAUGGAACUAUGAUUAAUAGUGUCAUGCAGUCAGACAGUGGAGUGCACACGAGGAAGCAUGUUGUAUUUGACAAUGGUACUCUCUAUUUCAGUGACGUUGGUAUGAAGGAGGAGGGAGACUACACAUGCUAUGCUGAGAAUCAGCUUGGCAAAGAUGAAAUGAAAAUUUAUAUCAGAGUAGUGGCAGUUGCUCCAACUAUAUACAACAACAACACUUUUAAGGUGAUCAGAGUCUCACAUGGGGAAACAGCAUCACUUACUUGCAGGGCAAAAGCACAGCCUCCACCAGCUAUAACAUGGCUUUCCCCAAACAACCACAUCAUAGCCCUGCCAACAUCAAAUAAGUACCAGAUUUCCACAGAUGGGACUUUGCAAAUUCAUAAGGUACAACAGUCAGACAAUGGAAACUACACUUGUUUUGCCAAAAAUAUAGCAGGAAUGGACAAGAAGGUGGUUAGUGUUGAAGUUGUCACUUCAGUGCCCAACAUUAAUGGACUAAAAAGUUCUAUAACCAGAGCACAGGAGACUGCUGAGAAAGACCAGCGGGUUCUCUUGCACUGUAAAGCUGAAGGAACACCAUAUCCCCAAGUCAUGUGGAUAAUGCCUGGGAACAGUGUGCUUCCAGCUCCUUACUAUGGCAGCAGGAUCAUGGUUCACCACAAUGGUACUCUCGAUAUUCGCAACUUAUGCAAGAGUGACUCUAUGAAGCUGCUCUGCAUAGCUCGCAAUGAGGCAGGUGAGGCCAGACUGGAGGUACAGCUUCACGUUACAGAGCAUGCUGAGAAACCAAAGCUGAAAAGCUUUGCCACAGAAACUGUCCAAUUUACCAGUGGCGUCUCUGUGAUCCUUAACUGCUCCAUGGAGGGAAACCCCCAUCCUGAGAUCACCUGGUUCCUUCCCAACAGAACAACCCUUUUGAGUGGAAUGACCAUUUUCCGUUUCAACCAUCUCCCUGAUGGAGCUUUGUUCAUUAGAGAACCUUCUGCUUCAGAAGCAGGGAAUUACCAAUGCGUGGGUCGUAACAGUGCAGGUUCUGUGGAACGGACAGUGACUCUAGAGUCCAAUCAGAAGCCUGUCAUCAGCAGCAAGUACAGCUCAUUGGUAAGCAUUAUCAAUGGUGAAAACCUUCAGCUGAACUGUCUGUCAAGUGGAAACCCAAUACCCAAGCUUACCUGGACUCUACCAAGUGGAAGAAUCCUCACUAGGCCACAGAAAAUGGAACGAUACAUCAUAUUUGACAACGGUACCUUAACAGUCCAACAGGCUUCUGUCUAUGAUAGGGGAACUUACCUUUGUAAUUCUGUCAACAAACACGGGUCCUCAUCCAUGUCAGUUGCAGUGAUUGUGAUUGCUUAUCCACCGCGCAUCACCACUGGACUUUCAGCGGUCACUUAUGGGAGACCAGGACUUGCAAUCAAGCUUGACUGUGUGGCAGUUGGUAUCCCAAAGCCAGAGGUACUUUGGGAAAUGCCUGAUAAAACCCAGCUCAAGUCAGGCCCCCAUCCACGACUUUAUGGCAAUAGGUACAUCCAUCCACAAGGCUCUCUGGUCAUCCAGAACCCAUUGAACAAAGACAGUGGCUUCUAUAAGUGCACUGCCAAAAACGUGGUUGGCAGUGAUAGCAAAGGAACCUAUGUAUAUGUGUUUUGAUACAAAAUAUUGUAUAAAUACCUACAUGGCUAAAAGAACUGCAGUGCAGAGAAUACUGAUCAUA